CUAACGAAUCUGAGAAAUGAAAAAUACUGAUAAUGUCGCUUUUAUUUGUCAUACUCGGGUGACUACGUCAAAGGAUGUUCUCGUUGUCAGAGUGCCAAUUGUUAUCAAUAUGCUGAUCAUUUUUUCGAAUGAAUGUUUUUAAUACUAGCAUCGUAAUAUUUGUUCUAUCAAAUGUUUUUUUAUUAUUAUUAUAGCAUUGCAUUUGUUUUAGAAUAAAUGUUUUACAUCUAGAUUUAAAAUCAGUAAUAGCUUAAUACCAUCAAAAUACAUGUAUGUUGACUUCACACAUUGAAAUUUUAUUUGCUAAAACUUCGGAAACACGUAACAUUUUGACUGUAGUUAGAAAGUAGGCAUAAACACAUCUUUAAAUUUUAGGAGAUCUUUGAUUCUUUGCUAUCCAGCGGGGAUAGGCAACGUUAUAGGGGUAGGAAAUCACCUUGGCUUUCCAAACGGGAAAAGAUAUGCUACACGUGCGCAUAUUGACAUCAUAAUUUAACGUUGUAUUAUGACGUCAUGGUAUAUAAACAAUCUUUAAUUCAUAAUUUCUUUUAAUAUAUUUCAUUAUCAACGGUAGGCAAGAAAAAACAAUUUAACAUUACUACCAGAGUAAGGCAUAUGUUUUCCCAACCCAUAGGAGCGGUCUAGCGUUCGGAUUUCAAUUCCAUGUUGGAAAAUCCUAAUUCACAGGCAGCCAUAAUUAUAGGAUCCUUAGUUGGAGCUGGAGGUCAAAGGUUAUAAUUAAUUUGAAGAUAGAUAUCAAUAUUCUUUUACAAGAUUCCCAAAGCUAAGAACACUGUAUACAAUUCAGUAAAAAAGUCCAGGCACUGAGGGUCAGGCCUCGUUCAAAUAUGAACGACUGGUUAUUUUUUAACUUUAUCUUUUGAGAAAUUUAAAAGUUUUAUCAACACUAAAAAUGUUUGUAUUACUUCUAAUUACAAUCUUAGAAGAUUUAAGCAGAUAAAAAAUAAAUUUACUACAGAUGUAUUGUCUAUACUACUACUAUUUCUUAUUUCAGGGCUUGGUCAUUUUUCUGUUUCAUUGUGCUUUAAACAAACAGAUACGUUUAGCAAUAGAAAGGCGACGACAGAAGUAUGCUAGCUCUAUGCUAUCGACAGUAUCCAGCACUAAAAGAUUUUCGAUGCCCAGGGCAUCAACAUCAUCAUCCGUUUCUGAUCGGAUGGACAUGAGUCAAAGUAUUUCCAGGGAUGAUGCGUCAUUUGAAAACAAGAAUAGAUUUGAGAGAAGCAACUCUGAACGUAACACUUAUGAAAUGGUAUCAAGUAGAUGCCAAGAUUCGUCUCUAUUGCAGAAGCGCUUAUGAUACAAAUAAUGCACAGGCAGAAAAUCGGACUGAAUUUGUUUCUGCUGCCAGGAUUAUCUUGUGAAUGUAUUCGUCUGGAACAUUACUACAGAGCUGAUUUACUGACUUGUAUUUUAUUGAAGUAUUGUGAAAGAAAUACUGAAACAAAAGCAGUAAAAGGCUGAUGGCUGAGGGUUUCCUCAGUAGAGUGUAAAUUUUUGACUGUUUAAAGUUAGAUGAUAGAAGCCGAAUACUGUGAUAUAACCUAAAUUCUUGUACCAACAGUUUAAUUGCUAAGCAGAAUUAUAAAAUGCUUGUGAAUUACUUGCAAUACAAUAAGUCUAUCAAUGAAGUCGACUUUGAUUUCAAUUUUUAAUUCUAAUUUUAUUCAUGUCUUUUGAUUACAAAUAUUAAUAAUAAAGAAGGCAUAAAACCUAAAACAUUUAUGCAGAGUCCAACUGACAUAAAACAGACUAGGUCUUUAUAAUUCUUCGUCAUGCGUAUAGCUCUAAUAUACUGCUAUAGAAUCCUGUAGUGUAUUUUCCCACAACUUAGAGUGAAUGUUGUGACAUUUUGAAAGAAGAUUCAUGACAGCGUAUAUUUACAACGUUCUCUUCGCACAUAACCACCUAAAUCACUCCCCAAAUUAGUCCUUCAUUAUCUACCUGAAAGUUCUGGAACAAUUCAUCCCAGAUAACAUAAAGUCAAACCCUUAUAUACCAGAUUCAUAAUACUGAAAGCUAAUCCUAGCAUUAGCACUAUCAGCUAGGUAGCCAAAGUUCUAUGCAUUUACUGAGCUCUAACUCUUGGAAUACAAAAUGGCCGUAGCUGACCCUAGAAUUUUUCAAGAAUUAGCAGAGAUGCUCUGCAUUGAAAUGCUCUACGGGAAUUGAAAUGAAAUUAUGAAAUUACACCACUAUUCACAAAUAAUGAAAAGAGUGCAACAACCAUCACACUCGAUGGUCCCUAGGACCGGCUUAAGAUGUACACUAUUAUUCAGACAUACUGAAUAACUCCAUGAUCUAAUAGGACCAGAGAAUAUAUAACCAAUUUCAGAAUAUUAUUCAUCUUAGGUUAGGGAUAAAGCAACAGAAGAAUCGCACAAACACAAUUUAGGUCACAAAGCUAUUUUUCCAGCUUUAAUGGAGGAGAUAGUGCUCCAGUGGUAUAGUGAUAUAUUAAUCUUACUAUUAUCUUAAAGAACUGCAAUUAUUCUACUUGGCUUUAUUUGUUACAAGAAAUUUGAUUGAUCAAAAGAGAUCAUGCCACCAGUGUUCAAACUUCGGUAAAGGCUGAUGCCACUCGUAAACAUAAACUUAACAACUUUUCUAACGCUACCAGUAGCUUUUUCGCUAUAAUUUUAAAACUACCGAAGAUAAUUCCGUAAAAUUUUCAGUACAGUUAAAGGAAUAUCAAGCAUUGUUUGAUGAAAAACUUACAACAAACAUUUCCGUAGUUCGAAGAUUUUGUAUUUUAUAGCCCCGAUAAUUUACAAAGUCGCAAAAUUUAUCCAAUAAAUACAGUUAGUAUUGACAUGAGAGUCAACGUUCCCAAUCUUGAAAAAUUCCAUUUGAUUUCUUAGUCGAUUUGAUAAAUAUGUAAAUUGUUAUCAUCAUCUUUAGACAAUGUAAAUAUAAAAUUUUCAACCACAUGACGCGUGAUAUUCUGACGCAUGAAAUGAUACAACACGCCGCCUGACGUGUAUUACACAAUUAAGGAC